GCGCAUUUCAGAACGGCAGCAUUUGACUACCUACCUAGAGGGGGGACACAAAUACAGUGCAAAUUUUGAAACACGAGAUCUUCCUUCGUCUUCGAGCCUGCUGGCUGUACGACUCCGUCCGUCUUCCACGUCUUCUCAACAUCAAUCCAAUUCCUCGUUGCCCCGCGCGUCAUGGCAUCCCGGAACCCCACCAUCGCCGUGUCGGCACCUGGCAAGGUCCUCCUCGCAGGCGGCUACCUGGUGCUGGAUCGACAGCACACGGGGUUUGUAUUUGGCCUCGACGCGAGGAUCAACGUGAUUGCUGGCGAGAUACACACCACGCCCGGGGUGCAGUUGACGGAGAUUGUCGUCGACAGCCCCCAGUUUCUUGAUGCCCAGUGGCGGUAUGGCUACCGCUUGACUGAGGCCGGUGGCGGCAUCAAGGUCACCCAAUUGCAAGUCGGAUCCAAAAUCAACCCCAACCCCUUCGUGGAGACGACGCUCAGCUAUGCCCUCACCUACAUUGACCGCAUCGCCGGCCAGCGCCCCAGUCACAGCAUGACCUCAGCGCGCCUCAUCAUCCUUGCCGACAACGACUACUACUCUCACUCAGGCUCGGCGGACACUCAGAGGGGCCGUUUUGCCAGGUUCCCUGUGACCUUGGGCGAUGCCAACAAGACCGGCUUGGGCUCCUCCGCUGCCCUUGUCACGUCACUCACCGCAGCCCUCCUGAUUCACUAUCUGCCCCGGGAUCUCUUCGAUAUCGAGUCAGACAAGGGCAAGCGGGCCCUGCAUAACUUGGCGCAGGCGGCGCACUGUGCCGCCCAGGGCAAGGUUGGCUCAGGCUUCGAUGUGGCGGCUGCCGUGUUUGGAUCCUGCCGGUACAAGCGUUUCUCACCAGCGACGUUGAGCAAGAUCCCUGAGCCUGGAGCCGCUGGAUUUUCGGACUCACUGGUCCAGCUCAUUGACGAAGAGUCAGCAUGGGAUGUCGAGGUGGCCAAGGAUGAGGUCAAGAUGCCUAAGGGUGUCGUUCUCAGGAUGUGCGAUGUAGACUGCGGCAGCAAGACCGUCAGCAUGGUCAAGAAGGUACUUGCAUGGAGGGCGCAGGACCCCGAGGGCUCUAAGCAGCUAUGGGACGAACUUCAGCGCCGAAACGAGGACCUCAUUUCUACACUCAAGCAAGGUGAUAUUGAACAGCUCCCCACCAAGCUCGCGGCGGUCCGGGAGCUCGUCAAGAAGAUGGGCACCUCCAGCGAUGUCCCCAUCGAGCCGGACAGCCAGACAGAGCUUCUGGACGCGAUCAGCGGUGUCGACGGCGUCUUCGGAGGCGUGGUUCCCGGCGCGGGUGGCUUCGACGCCCUCGCUAUAUUGAUGAAGGACGACGCUGAGACGAAACAGCGGGUCAAGAAGUUCCUGGCCGAGUGGGCACAGGCCAAAGGCACCAAGGUCAAACUCCUGGCGGUCAAGGGCGAGAUGGAAGGUGCACGAGCGGAGAGUUUGGACGUGUACUCGGGCUGGAUCUAAGAGCGAGUGUGAAGAGCAAAGGGAAGAUACCAGGACCGGUCACUUGUCUCAUUGUAAGAUGGGCAA